AUGAAGGUUCUCAUAAUUGGUGCGUCUGGGUUCAUUGGCCUCCCGGUUGCGCAGGCGUAUGUUCGUGCGGGGCAUAUCGUGUAUGGUGUCACGCGCUCAGCAGCCAAGGCGAAACAGCUAGCUGCCGAAGAAAUAAUCCCGAUUGUCGCAGACACAGCCGAUCCAGCCCCUUGGCUUCCUCUCGUUGCGACCCUCGAUGUCGUGAUUGAAGCAAUAGGGGGCGCACAGGUAAAGGCACUGUCCGAGACACUUCUCAAGGCCACCACAAAAGCUGCAAAUGAGUAUCGUCCUGCUGGUGCACCCAAGUUGGCAUACAUCUACUCGUCGGGCAGCUGGGUCUACGGGGACAGCCGCGCUACCACCAUCACCGAUACAACCCCCAUAGUGAAGCCAGUCGAGCUCGUCGCCUGGCGGCCGGCGCUGGAGCAGCGCAUCUUGACGAAUUCGGUACUCAAUGGCAUCGUGAUCCGCCCAGCAUUGCUUUAUGGCCGCUCGGCGUCGAUCCUAGCGACACUUUUCAAAACGGCAUACGAGGGUAAAAUCUCAUGGUACGGGACCCCGGGCGGGAGGUAUGGGUUGAUUCACGCCGACGAUCUGGCCGAUUUAUACCUGCUCGUCGGAGAGAAGUCGUCCAUCCUUGGCGGCAAAGUGUUCGCCGCCGCAAAUGACUUCACUGAAAGUGUUGAUGACAUCUUGCAAAAACUUGUGCAGGUGUCCGGGGCGAAAGGCUAUGAAUACGUCCCGCCCUGCAACCUGUUCGAGAGUGCCAUCACGACGACGUCGCUGCUUCGCCCAUAUCUUGCUCGCUCACUGCUAGGCUGGCAGCCACGCAAAGCAGGUCUGGUGGACAACCUAGAGGUCUAUUACAAUGCUUGGAAAGCCAGCGAGGGACUGUAG